GGAGUCUGGGUUUCCUGAGAGCUCAAACUCUGUGCUCAGCGUUUUUGCUGCCUGCGGGUGUUAAAGUGGCCUCCGAGGACCGGACGCAGGGGGUGGGCGGAGGGCCUGCACCCCUUUGCACCCCAACCUCUACUCCAAAAGCUUGCAUCUGCGUCUAGGAGGUGGGACAUCUUCUGGGCUGCAUUUUUGAAGCCUCUUUGUGCUCUGGGAGCCUGGCACACCCAGAAUGAAGAAGAUGAGCAACAUCUAUGAGUCGGCUGCCAAUACUUUGGGAAUCUUUAACAGCCCCUGCCUGACCAAAGUGGAACUACGUGUUGCCUGCAAAGGCAUUUCAGACAGAGAUGCCCUUUCAAAGCCUGAUCCCUGUGUCAUCCUCAAGAUGCAAUCCCAUGGGCAAUGGUUCGAGGUGGAUAGAACAGAGGUGAUUCGCACUUGCAUAAACCCAGUGUAUUCCAAACUAUUUACUGUGGAUUUUUACUUUGAAGAGGUGCAGCGUCUUCGGUUUGAGGUCCAUGACAUAAGCAGCAACCACAAUGGGCUGAAAGAAGCUGACUUUCUAGGUGGAAUGGAAUGCACACUGGGUCAGAUCGUUUCCCAGAGGAAGCUAUCCAAAUCCUUGUUGAAGCAUGGGAACACAGCAGGGAAAUCCUCCAUCACGGUAAUUGCUGAGGAAUUAUCUGGCAAUGAUGAUUAUGUUGAACUUGCAUUCAAUGCAAGGAAAUUGGAUGACAAGGAUUUCUUCAGUAAAUCAGAUCCAUUUCUGGAAAUUUUUCGUAUGAAUGACGAUGCCACACAGCAGCUUGUGCACAGAACUGAGGUUGUGAUGAAUAACUUAAGCCCUGCCUGGAAAUCAUUCAAAGUAUCAGUAAAUUCUCUAUGCAGUGGAGAUCCAGAACGCCGGCUGAAGUGUAUAGUCUGGGACUGGGACUCCAAUGGCAAACAUGACUUCAUUGGAGAAUUCACUUCAACAUUCAAGGAGAUGAGAGGAUCACUGGAAGGGAAGCAGGUCCAAUGGGAAUGCAUCAACCCUAAGUACAAAGCCAAGAAAAAGAAUUACAAGAACUCAGGCACUGUGAUUUUGAAUCAGUGCAAGAUCCACAAGAUGCAUUCUUUCUUGGACUAUAUCAUGGGUGGCUGCCAAAUCCAGUUUACAGUAGCUAUAGAUUUCACUGCCUCCAAUGGGGACCCCAGGAACAGCUGUUCUCUACACUACAUCCACCCUUAUCAACCCAAUGAGUAUCUGAAGGCAUUGGUGGCUGUAGGAGAGAUUUGCCAAGACUAUGACAGUGACAAAAUGUUCCCAGCCUUUGGGUUUGGUGCCAGGAUCCCCCCAGAGUACACGGUCUCUCAUGACUUCGCAAUCAACUUUAAUGAAGACAACCCUGAGUGUGCAGGAAUUCAAGGGGUGGUGGAAGCUUACCAGAACUGCCUUCCCAAGCUCCAGCUCUAUGGUCCCACCAACAUCGCUCCAAUCAUCCAGAAGGUCGCCAAAUCUGCCUCAGAAGAAACCAACACCAAGGAGGCAUCGCAAUACUUCAUCCUACUGAUUCUCACCGAUGGUGUCAUCACGGACAUGGCGGACACCCGGGAGGCCAUCGUCCACGCCUCCCACCUGCCCAUGUCUGUCAUCAUCGUGGGCGUGGGCAACGCGGACUUCAGUGACAUGCAGAUGCUGGACGGUGAUGAUGGCAUCCUCAGGUCCCCCAAGGGGGAACCUGUGCUUCGUGACAUCGUCCAGUUUGUGCCCUUCCGGAACUUCAAACACGCAUCUCCAGCUGCCCUGGCAAAGAGUGUGCUGGCUGAAGUUCCAAACCAAGUCGUGGACUAUUACAAUGGCAAAGGGAUUAAGCCAAAAUGUUCAUCAGAAGUGUAUGAGUCUUCUAGGACACUAGCACCAUGAAUGUCACACAUUUUACAGAGUUCUGAAUACUACUCCGCUAAUAUUUAAUACUUCUACUACUCCUAUACUUAAAACAGCCACAUAUGGGUUUAAAAAUAGCACGUUUUGGUGAUUUUCUGACUUUCUGUUUCUCUUUUUAUUUUAUUUUGGGGUUUUAUUUUGCAUGUUUAGCCCUGAGACCUGGACCUGUUAAGCCCUUGUUAAAGACUUUUUACAAAGAAACACAAAUAAUUAUAACCUACUCUUUACAGCAUGUCGCCUUGAAAUAACAAUAAAAUGGUAUCUGUAUCUGUUUUUUAUACAGGUUUGUUGAAAUUUUGCUAAAUUUCUUAUUAUCUUUACACUGUAAAGCAUUUUGAAACAUUUACUGAACGUUGACAGCCAAAACAUAAUUUGGUUUUAUCUAUUAGGGGAUGAGAGACUUUUCAAAAUGGCAGAUGCAUGGACUGUGAUUUGCAUGUUUAAAAUUAAAAAAAAAAGAAAACACUAUACUGGUUUUUACAGUGGUUAUCUAUAAUUCCUUCCUGCUCAGAAUGGUUGUUCUACUAAAGAAAAGAUUGACCCACCAAGAGGUAAUGUUCUUGAUGUGGGUCUGGAACAUCUAACUCAGUACCUCUCCAGUUUUACUGUGCAUUCAAAUUACCUGCAGAUCUCAGUAAAAUUCAGACCAAGGCAAUAGGUCUUCAUGGGCCCAAGAGCCAGCACCUCUGCCAAGGUCCCAGUAAUACCAGUGUGGUCCUCAGAGCACACUCAGAGGACUGAGGUUCUAGGUUUGAGGCUAUAAUUCUCCUGUAGAAACCAUCAGAAGCAGGAUGGCACCUAGUCUGCUGAUAAUGGCAUCUAUCCCCUCUAAUAGCACAAAGGCCCUGUCAUCUCAGAGGUGGGAGUAGAAAGCAUUAAGACUGAUUCCAGAAGCUGCAACCUGCCCCCAAUCAGUCUCAUUGCUUUAUAGUCACACCUCUUUCUUAAACAGACUAGAGUGCAUGCCUCCUGGCAGGACCUCGCCUUCUAAAAGGAGAUAGCUCAGCCCAUAGCAUGAAUGGUUCCAUUUUUAUGUCAAUUCCUAGCAAUGACCUCAGAGUCCUCAAAGGAAACACAAUAAUGCAAGGGAGUCCAUCGCCAUGCAGUAAUGUACCCCAGAGCUAGCCCCCUCAACUGCUCUUUAAGCAGAGCAUGGAAGAGAAAUCAUUGUUUACUAUGGAAGUGCUUUGUUUUGCUGUACACUGGCCAAUUUUGAACCAAAAGAAUGAAUGCUUCACUUGUAAAAUCCUCUCCCAGAGAAAUGAACAAGUGUGUUUGCCAGGCAUAAAAGCACAAGGUAAAACUUAUUUUAGUCCUGAGGCCUGGAAAGUAAAUCAUGAGGUUAAAGAAAUCCGUUUGCUGUUUGUUUGUUGAAGGGGGAAGGACCAAGCAAAUCAAAUGCCUUGUAUGAUUCCCAGUGUUAUAAUUACAGAUCCUAGUUUUGCAAAUACAUGUCAGCCAAAUGCACAACAUUUUGGGAAUGUUGGUAAAAAUGUAUGACUGAAAAACUCAUAUUUAAACUGUAUUGUUUUAUCAAUAAAUUGGGUACUAACUUAA